AUGGCAGACCCGUUCAGCAUUAUUGCUGGUGUUCUGGGCAUCACAGCUGCAGUCAUCCAGUCGUCAAAGAUAUUCUUGGAGCUUGUGAAUGACAUCAGAAGAUGUCCUGAAGAGGUAAAAUCUGUCUCUAAGGAUGUGCAUGCUUUUUAUGCCAUUAUCUCUUCUCUGAAUGUUACCCUGCGGGAGGUCGACGUCAAGGAUGCCAUCGCUUAUGACGACGCAUUGCUGACGACAAUUGGAAAUCUGGCUCAUCCACUUGAACACUGUAGGGUGAUACUAGGAGAACUCAAGGUCAAGAUACAACAGCAGCUGCUGCCUUUUCCAAACGACAGACGUUUUCGAAUCAAUUCCAAAAUCCUAAGAUGGUCUCUAUUCACAAAGAGUGAGAUACGAACCUUGCAGCGACGCCUCGAAGCUACAAAGACUACCCUUUGCAUUGCUUUAGAUGCUAUCACCGCCAUACACUUGUUAGGCAAGGUUGCUACAUCUCAGUUGGUGAAACGGACGAAUGAGCCAGUAGAGGCAAGAUUUCCAAUUAGUCGUCUUUUUGAGGACCCCUCCAUUCAUAAUAGCAAAACAGAAAUAUCUCGUCGAGCAUUCCAAGGUUCUUUACUUCUAGAACUUGAUACCGAUAUUGCGGAGGCUUCGACACUUCCGAACAGGCAGAUUUUCUGGCGCAUAACAUCCUGGAUACAGGAAACACAGCAUGCUUUCAUGUUAGAAGAUCCCUCGAUUCGCCGUCACCUUGCUCAAAUCUACCAAGAGCUGGGUGAGCAACGCAUGGAGUUAAGCGAGAUUAGACUGCUAAAUGAGUCAUCUAAAGAACCAAAAAAUAGCCCAAUCGUGGAAUCAAGCAACAGCAUAAACCUUUUUGGCGAGCCUGUGAAUACUACGUUAGAUCAAGCCAAUGCUGAAGACAAUGAUUCUGCCUCUGUCGACAUACUUCGUGCGAAGUUUUCUGGUUCACCUGGUUAUCAUUUCGAAUUAAGACCAUCUUUCUACCCUGAGCAAUAUUCCACGGAGAGCCUCUUCAACAAAAAGAUAUUUACUCUUGCCCUAAGAAAAUUAACAGGGGUUCAUCGAACACAACAAUACUUCCUUUUGUACGCAGAAACCCCCCGAAAAUGGCAAAGAAUUGUUAUAUCAGCUACUUUUGAUGAUUUCCAAGAGAAUUCGGCUGUAUUCCAGCUUUCAGAUACUGACGACUGUGACGAUUCCUGCAAACUGCUACCUAAAGCACUUCAAGCCUUUUUCGACACGCUUCUUCCUGCUCUCGAGCUCUUUAAUUCAGUCUCAAGCAUAUCCUUGCAUAUAAAGGACCUAAGCGGCCAGAUUUUCACUGAAUCAAGUGCGAUUAGAGUAACGGAAGAUCUUCUCGAAAAAGAGAUGUCUAAGGAAGACCAGAUUUUGCAAGAUAUUGACGCUAUGGGCAUUCGAAAGUUUUUAGAGUCUCGGGUCAUCAUGAAAUCGCGUAUCUCCUCGUCUUGUUACCGCGUUUUGGUUGACAACCGUGAAUUUAUCGAACGUAAAACACCGUUUGCGAGGGCCGGAAAGCAGGGAGAAAACGGAUUUGAGGACUUUUCUAGAGCCCUUAAGCUCCUUAACAGUUUACGUGGCUGUGCAAGUGUUGUACAACUCAUUGGUGUUGUCCUCGACGACACGAGACGUUACCUCAAGGGCUAUCUGUACGAAUCCCCAGCCAUUUUCUCCUUAAGAAGAAUUAUCGCCCUGGCAAAUUUCAGAUCUAAAGCCAUAUCAUGGCAGAUCCGAGAGAUUUGGUCAAGCCAGAUAUUCAAAGCAGUCUCAGAAGUUCAUCGUAAAGGCGUGGCUCUAGGUGUGCUGAAAUUGAAGACCAUCGACCUCAGAGCAGACGGAACAGCUAUACUAACACUACGAACUUCCUACCGAUACCUGCAGAAUCGGAAUGGCACUAUGCCCCCCGAAUUGCGAAACGACCCACAGAUUACUGACGGCAUACAACCCACGAUGGUGAACUUCCGCACUGAUGUAUUCCAGCUAGGGCUUGUUCUGUGGCUUCUGGCGGAGCACAAGCCCGAGGUUAUUGGCUGUCUCUGUCCAAGAUCCGGAUGCACAAAGUUCCCACGAAUCCUGUGUGAUGCUGAGCACGUCAACCCUGUGGAACUGCCACCGUGCCACGGCGAUAUUCCUCCAUUUUUCAACGACAUCAUCAGAGGGUACCGCUCGCCAGACCCAGGAGCAAGACUAACAGCACUCCUAAUAACUAAAGACCUACUUUACACGAGCGAAAUUCCACCUAAUAUGAUCGAUCUUCUAGAUACAUAUGCUCCUGAGGUCAACUUCUUCUUACCAAUAUGCGACGAAUGUGGUGCAUUGACGAGGAAUCUUCGUUAUUAUUGCAAUGUUUGCCGCCAGGGGGAUUCCGAUCUCUGCCCAGAAUGUGUAGAACUUCGAGGGAUUCACUGCUUUAAUUCAGAGCAUCGCUUAUUGAAAUAUGUAUUCGAGAAGGUAGAAUAUGUUGAUAGAUCUUGA